AUGAACAGAGAAGUCCUAGGUUUCAGACCAGACAAGAGGAGUCCUCUUAGGGAAGACCUGAGACCUGUCUCUCACCACAGUCUUUACCUGAGCCAACCUCCAUUCUACCUGAACCCCCCCAAACACUCCCUCUCCCCGACCAGAGAGGCCUACAGCGCCACCUUCAGUCCUCUGACUUACCAUCAACCCAUUGGCUCUGAGGGCAUCCAUUACACCCAGAGGGAAGGCUCCCAAAAACGUAAAAGAACUCCACUCAAAAUGGAGGGUUCCAAAUCCCCAACUCCUGGAGACAUGGAGGAGGUGGAGCGUCGAGGCAACACCAGGACUGUUGAUCUCUCCCACCUUCCGUUCUCCCUCCCUCCUCACCCGCGUCUCUCUCCCUCUCCCAUGCCCAUCCCAGGUAUGAUCGACCUGACCCGGCUCCAGCUGCACAGCAGGGCUCUGUCCAGGUAUGAUCCACCUAUGGGCCUCCCAGUGCAGGUGAAACAGGAACCAAUCAGCCCCUCACCUGUGUGGCCUCCCUCUCCUCUCCUCCUGCACCACCCUCCUCCCCCGUUCUUUCCCCCUCUCCACCCCAGCCUCCUCCCCUUCCCCUUCUUCAUGCCUGGGCCUGUCAUGCACCUCUCUCCUGGAGCCUUCUACCCCAGAGAGGCCCUCAGACCUAGUCGGCGUGGCCCAGACGGAGGCCCCCGAGGUGGGAUGUCCAGCGCUCAGAAGCUGGGUCUCAACAUCCACAUCGACGACAGCUACUACGUAGAUGUAGGGGGAGACCAGAAGCGUUGGAAGUGCCGUGUAUGUGAGAAGUCAUACACCUCCAAGUAUAACCUGGUCACACACAUCCUGGGCCACAGCGGGAUCAAGCCUCACGGCUGCCACCUGUGUGGGAAGCUGUUCAAGCAGCUCAGCCACCUGCACACACACCUGCUUACUCACCAGGGCACACGGCCACACAAGUGCCAGGUGUGCCACAAAGCCUUCACCCAGACCAGCCACCUGAAGAGACACAUGAUGCAGCAUAGUGAUGUGAAGCCAUACAGGUCAGUACUGGGAUGAUCUUUGUCUAGACUGUCUGUUCCAUUUCACACAUCCAGGAUAUACUGUUUAGUUAGUCUAGUUGAGAACUAAGAAAAUUAUUUAAUUAACAAGGACCUUACAUUACAUGCCUUCAGUCUUUGACUCAAACUUAAAGGAAAACUCCACCCAUAUGAUGCAAAAUGCAUCAUACCGGCUGUAUUUCUGAAAAUGUGAUUGCUGACAUGCAAAACAUGUUGGGACGGUAUCAACAAUGGACUAAUGAAACAAAUACCCAAAUGUAGUUUUUGGGUGGAAUUUUCUUUUAAGAAGAUAGACUAAAGUUCAGGAAUAGUUAUAAAUAUGAUCAUUCAUUACUCUUGAUUCAUGCAUGCAAGUUAGUGUCUACUUUCUGCUAGACAAAAAAUCUAUUGGGACAAUAAACAUCUAUUCAUCUCUCCUCUCCAGUUGUGGGGUGUGUGGGAGGGGCUUUGCCUAUCCUAGUGAGCUGCGGGCCCAUGAGCUGAAGCAUGAGAAAGGCCAGGAGAACGUGUGUGUAGAGUGUGGUCUGGACUUCCCCACUCUGGCCCAGCUCAAGAGACACCUGACAGCCCACAGAGGACCCACCCUCUACAGGUACGUAUGCCCAGAAACACCAGAUGGGUUUUAAACCAGAAAGUGUACAAAAAUUGGUUUAAACACAUUACCUCAUACAUCUGUUACCCUUAUUUCUGGUUGUGGGCUCGGCAGCGAAAAAUUAAACGCGGAUUAUUACAGGAAACUAUUACUUGUUGUUUCCAGACCAAGACAACCAAGCAGCCAGGGACAUCUAUUUCUCCCGACACGUGCAGGCGCAGGUGCCUCUGGGUAUAAUAUUGCUUUCAAAAUAAAAGUCCCCAAAGACUCAAAAGACCUACAGUACCUAACACUAAAAUAAAAGUCCUUAUAAACUAAGGCUACACGUCUACUACGGUAUGCGCCUAAUACAGUAUGAUUAUACAGUUAUACAGUAAAACUGUAAAUGUUUUUGACGGUCUCUGGUAUAAGCAAACGCUCCGAUGAAGGCUCUAAUGCCAAAAUGUGUCCGAUUUUAAUAAAUAAGAUGUACAGUUACUACUGGACCUCCAUUUUCAUCAAGUGGCUGAAUUUCUCUUUAAUAUUCAGUUUGAACUUGAACUUGAACUUGAUAUUUAAUGCAUGCAACUUUUUGUUGACUCCCAAGGUAGUGGGAGGAAAUCCAAGCCACUUUAGAAUGUCUGUUUUCUGUCUAGGUGUAGUGAAUGUCUGUUUUCUGUCUAGGUGUAGUGAAUGUCUGUUUUCUGUCUAGGUGUAGUGAAUGUCUGUUUCCUUUCCAGGUGUAGUGAAUGUCUGUUUUCUGUCUAGGUGUAGUGAAUGUCUGUUUUCUGUCUAGGUGUAGUGAAUGUCUGUUUCCUUUCCAGGUGUAGUGAAUGUCUGUUUCCUUUCCAGGUGUAGUGAGUUUGUGUUUUGUGUCUAGGUGUAGUGUCUGUUUUCUGUCUAGGCGUAGUGAAUGUCUGUUUUCUGUCCAGGUGUAGUGAAUGUCUGUUUCCUUUCCAGGUGUAGUGAGUUUGUGUUUUGUGUCUAGGUGUAGUGUCUGUUUUCUGUCUAGGCGUAGUGAAUGUCUGUUUUCUGUCCAGGUAUAGUGAAUGUCUGUUUUCUGUCCAGGUGUAGUGAAUGUCUGUUUUUCUGUACAGGUGUAGUGAAUGUCUGUUUUCUGUCUAGGCGUAGUGAAUGUCUGUUUUCUGUCCAGGUGUAGUGAAUGUCUGUUUCCUUUCCAGGUGUAGUGAGUUUGUGUUUUGUGUCUAGGUGUAGUGUCUGUUUUCUGUCUAGGCGUAGUGAAUGUCUUUUUAUCUGUACAGGUGUAGUGAAUGUCUGUUUUCUGUCCAGGUGUAGUGAAUGUCUGUUUUCUGUCUAGGCGUAGUGAAUGUCUGUUUUCUGUCCAGGUGUAGUGAAUGUCUGUUUUUCUGUACAGGUGUAGUGAAUGUCUGUUUUCUAUCUAGGUGUAGUGAGUGCCAGAAGAGCUUCCAGUAUCCCAGUCAGCUGCAGAACCACAUGAUGAAGCAUAAAGACAUCCGGCCAUACAUCUGCAGCGAGUGUGGCAUGGAGUUCAUACAGUCCCAUCACCUCAAACAACACACACUUACACAUAAGGUAAGGCUGGGUGGGGUCUUCAUACUGUCCAAGUACUAAUGUCCACUAAUGUCAACGUGUGUUAGGAUGAAAAUGUCUUUACAGGGCUAGGUUGUGUUGUGUUGUGGAGAUGAAGCGUGGGUCAGUGGGUGUUAAGGUAGGCUUUACCUGUUGACAGUAUCAGCUGAUUGGUGACAUGACACUUUGCCUACAUCAGGGGCCUUUCCAUUUGUUGACUUGAAAUGGUUUUGGUUGUUAUUGUUUUUCAUUUGCUAUAGGAUAUUCAUGACAGUAUGAUGGCUUUUACACUACUGGGCAUCAUUGCAUAUCAUUGUUUCUGCUUCAAACAGUAUUUUAGUACUACAUGGCGAAGCCAGGACACAUGUGAGGGCUUGUUACAGUAACAGUAGUCCAGGCAUGUAAUAUUGUGAGAAUCCUAUUAUUAAAACAAAAAAGAUGAUACAAGUCAUCCCCUCUCUUGUUGUCAUGCUCACAUCUUGCUGCAAUGUCUUUCUUGUCCCUGACGGACUUGCUUGUCAAGAUGUAAGAAAAUGUUCCACUAUGAUGGUUAUUUAAACAAACAACAAUAAAUUACUCUCUUUCUUUCUUUCUUUCUUUCUUUCUUUCUUUCUUUCUUUCUUUCUUUCUUUCUUUCUUUCUUUCUUUCUUUCUUUCUUUCUUUCUUUCUUUCUUUCUUCUCUCUCUCUCUUUCUCUCAGGGGCUGAAGGAGCACAAGUGUCGUAUCUGUGGUCGUGAGUUCACCCUCCUGGCCAACAUGAAGCGCCACAUCCUGAUCCAUACUAACAUCCGGGCCUACCAGUGCCACCUCUGCUUCAAGAGCUUUGUCCAGAAACAGACCCUCAAGGCCCACAUGAUCGUCCACUCUGACAUCAAACCCUACAAAUGCAAGGUGAGUGUUCUGAUGGUGAACGUUCUUAUGACAUUUCAGUUGCAACAUGCAACAACUCCUUUUAAAGCCAGGGUAUCUGAAGAUAAUACAUCUGGUGGAUACAUGUCAAUAGUACCACUAUAGGCUAUCUGCCUUGCAUGUCUUUUUGCAUCUCAGACUAAUUUUACCUGCUUGAUUACUUGAACGAGGGUUGUAACAUGUGUUACUUUUUCACUCGGGGCCCCCCUUCCAGCAUUGGGGAACUAUAAUGUUAAGUGGGACCACGUUUAAACUAAUGAAGCCAACAGACACUCUGAAGCAGCUCCACACUGUGUGACCUUGUUCUCCAGUAGGAGGGUUGAGACGAUGAGCAAAUAGCAGAUAGAGAGGGGAUUUGGCAGUGAGAUCCCUCCUCGUCCAUAGGAAGGAUAUUGCUGCACAAACUGCCUCUCUAACAAUGGCCCCCAGCCUCCCGGGAGAAUGGGCCACGCAAAUAGAUUUCAUCUCGCUUUCUCUGUUGCUGGAGGGAACGCUUCCUGUUUUCUCACGGUCCUCUUGGACAGUUUACAGUCCCUCUCUCCUCCUGAAGGAAAGGACCACCCUAAUAAAAAAAGAAUGCAGAGGAAGGACAGCGCAGGAGUUGCCAGCCCUACUCUUCUGGCCCUGUCUCGCUUCAGCUUCCUCUGUGUGUGUGUGCUUGUGUGUGCUUGUGUGUGUGCACACGCACGUUCAUUCAUGAGUACAUCUAGCUCCGAUUACAGCUCUGAGUGCAGAGAGGAUUAGUCAUCUAACACAUUCGUUGUUGGAUAAAAAGGAAAGUUCAAUCAAUGAGCACAGUUUUAGACUGCAUGGCGUGCAGUUUUGUCCUUGAAUGGUGUUUACUACACCAUGAAUUGCCACGGAUGUGGUUCAAGGAAUAAUGGAAUUUCCAAAUUGUAAUUAAGGAAUGUGUACACAAACUAUUUCAAUAGUUGCUAUUUAAUGAUUUAUUUGAGGAAUAAUUACAGUAUGUCUUUGCCAAAAUGCUGGUUUUGGUUUAUCAACUUAUCUGUCUGUUGCUUUCAAGCACUAACAAUUCUUUCCUAGGACCCUGAUUAAGUAUUUUUAGGCCGAAAAUAAAUCUGUUCCAUAUUCGUUAAAAAAAAAAAUACUUAUUGGUUUGUCCGUGAGCACAUAUUUGACUUCUUUCUUUUGUUUUUCCUUGUUUUCAGCUGUGUGGGAAGGAGUUCAACAGAAUGCAUAACCUGAUGGGCCAUAUGCACCUGCACUCUGACAGUAGGCCCUUUAAGUGCCUCUACUGCCCCAGCAAGUUCACUCUGAAGGGAAACCUCACCCGCCACAUGAAAGUCAAACAUGGAAUCAUGGAUAGGGGCCUGGAUGCAAGAGGUAAUUACUAAAGGCUAUGGAGGAAUUAAUUUUAUGGUUCCUCCCUUCCUGCAUUGAAACAUCCUACAACAUUCCUACCCUGAAGCUAAAUCAGAAUCAGCCAGUCAGUUUGUAACAUGAGUCUCUGUCCCUCAGUGUUCAGGCGGCGGGGGCGCUUCUGCCUGUCGGCCCCUCUGGGUCUCCUGACCCGCUACAGCCAGGAAGAGCCCUUUGACCUCUCCCAGAAGCCCAGGCUGCCGCGGCCCAGCUUGCGCCUCUCCCAGUCAGACGGGGAGAGCGUCCUGGGGAGCUCCUGUCAGGAGGAGGAUGAGGAGGAGAGCAUGUACAGCAGGAGCCAGUACAGCCCUGAGGUCUACCAGCACCACACUGGGGGACAGGUGUACAGGUCUGAGACAGCUAAACAGAUGUACAGACAGGAUAUGGAGACUAGUGGACAGGUGUACCCGCCUGGGGCAGGUGACGAGGUCCAUCAGCCUGUGUCAGAGCCAGGUGAUGCAAAUAAACAGUUGUACCAUUGUGUAACAGGUAGACAGGUGUAUGACUCUGACUCAGAGCUAGGUGACCAGCCGUAUGAAACGGAGUCAGAGGCAGGUGAACACCAUAUAGGUGACAAGCUGUGUUUCCCACGGUCAGGUAAUACAGGUGAACAUAUGUACCACUCAGAUUCCGAGCUAGGUAACCAGUUGUAUCAGCCUGACCCAGACCAGCUAGAGAUAGGUGACCAGGUGUACCAUUCUGACCCAGGCGAGGAGAUGAUGGACACACCUGAACCAUGUGAAAAAGACUACCACUCAGACCCUGGGGUCUUAACAAAAACCAUAAGGCCUAAUGAGGAGGAAGAGGAGGAUUUGGUGAGAGCUGGGAGCAGGGUAGAGGAAGAACAGAGAAAGCAGUUUAGGCGUUAUUUUAGCAGGGAAGAAUACAGACGUGUAAGGAGUUAUAACGAUAGUAACAGUUCCUCUUCUACAGAGCAGUGAAAUGAGGAGUAGGACUAGUGAAUAGGCUACUGUGCUGAAGAGAAGAGGGUUGAGAGCUAUUCUAAAAGGGUGGGGAGAGAAUUUAGUAGUAACUCAAAUAAGCCACUGGUGUAGCGCACACUCCCGCAAGACCUUAGAGAUAAUGUUUGCUUUAUAAAUGUUGUUUUAAAUCUAGAAAAACAUGCCAAAAUGCUAACGAAAUUAUCCCUGGAGCAUUUAAUAUUGCUAUAUAACCAAACAAAAAGAAGUUUGGAGAUUUGUAUUAUAUAUUUUAAUAAUCUAAUGUUAGAAUUAAACAAUCAAGACCUUUAAACACUUGUGGGACAACAAUUGUAAAAAUGAAAUGCCUUUUAUGGUGUCUGACACAGUUGACAUAAAUCCAGUUAGUUGCAUUUUAUGAAAAAAUAAACAAAAUUGGUUGUUCCUUUCAUGGUGUGAUAAAAAUAUAUAUUUCAAAUGUUGUUAAUAUUAAGACAAAUACAGUGCAUUUGGAAAGUAUUCACACCCCUUAACUUUUUCCACAUUUUGUUAUGUUAUAGCCUUAUUCUAAAAUGUAUUAAAUUAAAUUUUUCCUCAUCAAUCUACAGUCGUGGUCAAAGGUUUUGAGAAUAACACAAGUAUUGGUCUUCACACAGUUCGCUGCUUCAGUGUUAUGAGAUAUUUUUGUCAGAUGUUACUAUGGUAGACUGAAGUAUAAUUACAAGCAUUGUGUCAAAGGCUUUUAUUGACAAUUACAUUAACUUUAUGCAAAGAGUCAAUAUUUGCAGUGUUGACCCUGCUUUUUCAAGACCUCUGCAAUCCGCCCUGGCAUGCUGUCAAUUAACGUCUGGGCCACAUCCUGACUGGUGGCAGCCCGUUCUUGCAUAAUCAAUGCUUGGAGUUUGUCAGAAUUUGUGGGUUUUUGUUUCUCCACCCCCCUCUUGAGGAUUGACCACAAGUUCUCAAUGGGAUUAAGGUCUCAGGAGUUUCCUGGCCAUGUCGAUGUUUUGUUCCCCGAGCCACUUAGUUAUCACUUUUGCCUUAUGGCAAGGUGCUCCAUCAUGCUGGAAAAGGCGUUGUUCGUCACCAAACUGUUCUUGGAUGGUUGAGAGAAGUUGCUCUCGGAGGAUGUGUUGGUACCAUUCUUUAUUCAUGGCUGUGUUCUUAGGCAAAAAUGUGAGUGAGCCCACUCCCUUGGCUGAGAAGCAACCCCACACAUGAAUGGUCUCAGGAUGCUUUACUGUUGGCAUGACACAGGACUGAUGGCAGCGCUCACCUUGUCUUCUCCGGACAAGGUGUUUUCCGGAUGCCCCAAACAAUCGGAAAGGGGAUUCAUCAGAGAAAAUGACUUUACCCCAGUCCUCAGCAGUCCAAUCCCUGUACCUUUUGCAGAAUAUCAGUCGGUCCCUGAUGUUUUUCCUGGAGAGGAGUGUCUUCUUUGCUGCCCUUCUUGACACCAGGCCAUCCUCCAAAAGUAUUCGUCUCACUGUGCGUGCAGAUGCACUCACACCUGCCUGCUGCCAUUCCUGUGCAAGCUCUGCACUGGUGGUGCCCCAAACCCGCAGCUGAAUCAACUUUAGGAGACAGUCCUGGUGCUUGCUGGACUUUCUUGGGCGCCCUGACGCCUUCUUCACAACAAUUGAACCUCUCUCCUUGAAGUUCUUGAUGAUCCGAUAAAUGGUUGAUUUAGGUGCAAUCUUAGUAGCAGCAAAAUCCUUGCCUGUGACGCCCUUUUUAUGCAAAGCAAUGAUGAUGGCACGUGUUUCCUUGCAGGUAACCAUGGUUAACAGAGGAAGAACAAUGAUUUCAAGCACCACCCUCCUUUUAAAGCUUCCAGUCUGUUAUUCUAACUCAAUCAGCAUGACAGAGUGAUCUCCAGCCUUGUCCUCGUCAACACUCUCACCUGUGUUAACAAGAGAAUCACUGACAUGAUGGCAGCUGGUCCUUUUGUGGCAGGGCUGAAAUGCAGUGGAAAUGUUUUUUGGGGAUUAAGUUCAUUUUCAUGGCAAAGAGGGACUUUGCAAUUAAUUGCAAUUCAUCUGGUCAGUCUUCAUGACAUUCUGGAGUAUAUGCAAAUUGCCAUCAUCAAAACUGAGGCAGCAGACUUUGUGAAAAUUAGUAUUUGUCUCAUUCUUUCGACCAUGACUGUACACACAAUACCCCCAUAAUGACAAAGUGAAAACAGGUUUUUAGAAAUGUUAGAAAAUGUAUAGAAAAUCUAAAACAGAAAUACCUUAUUUACAUAAGUAUUCAGACCCUUUGCUAUGAGGCUCGAGCUCAGCUGCAGGAUUGUGUCGAGGCACAGAUCUGGGGAAGGGUACCAAAAAAUGUCUGCAGCAUUGAAGGUCCCCAAGAACACAGUGGCCUCCAUCAUUCUUAAAUGGAAGAAGUUUGGAACCACCAAGACUCUUGCUAGAGCUGGCCGCCCGGCCAAACUGAGCAAUCAGGGGAGAAGGGCCUUGGUCAGGGAGGUGACCAAGAACCCGACGGUCACUCUGACAGAGCUCCAGAGUUCCUCUGUGGAGAUGGGAGAACCUUCCAGAAGGACAACCAUCUCUGCAGCACUCCACCAAUCAGGCCUUUAUGGUAGAGUGGCCAGACGGAAGCCACUCCUCAAUAAGAGGCACAUGACAGCCCACAGUUUGCCAAAAGGCACCUAAAGGACUCUCAGCCAAUGAGAUACAAGAUUCUCUGGUCUGAGGAAACCAAGAUUGAACUCUUUGGCCUGAAUGCCAAGUGUCACGUCUGGAGGAAACCAGGCACGGUGGUGGCAGCAUCAUGCUGUGGGGUGUUUUUCAGCGGCAGGGACUGGGAGAAUAGUCAGGAUCGAAGGAAAGAUGAAUGGAGAAAAGUACAGAGAGAUCCUUGAUGAAAACCUGCUCUAGUGCUCAGGACCUCAGACUGGGGCGAAGGUUCACCUUCCAACAGGACAACGACCCUAAGCACACAGCCAAGACAAUGCAGGAGUGGCUUCGGGAAAAGUCUCUGAAUGUCCUUGAGUGGCCCAGCCAGAGCCCGGACUUGAACCCGAUCUAACGUCUCUGGAGAGACCUGAAAAUAGCUGUGCAGCGACGCCCCCCCAUCCAACCUGACAGAGCUUGAGAGGAUCUGCAGAGAAGAACAGGGAUAGGAUAAAGUAAUCCUUCAACCCCCCCCCCAAAAAAAAAAAGAAUUGUAAAGUGGUUAUCCCACUGGCUAUAGGGUGAAUGCACCAAUUUGUAAGUCGCUCUGGAUAAGAGCGUCUGCUAAAUGACGUAAAUGUGCCCUUGAGCAAGGCACUUAACCCUAAUUGCUCCUGUAAGUCGCUCUGGAUAAGAGCGUCUGCUAAAUGACUAAAAUGUAAAAUGUAAAUGUAAGAAUGGGAGAAACUCCCCAAAUCCAGGUGUGCCAAGCUUGUAGUGUCAUACCCAAGAAGACUCGAGGCUGUAAUCGCUGCCAAAGGUGCUUUAACAAAGUACUGAGUAAAGGGUCUGAAUACUUAUGUAAAUCUGAUAUUUCCGUUUUUUUAUUUGAAUACAUUUGAAAAAACUUAAUAGAACUAAAAAAAAACUGUUUUCACUUUGUCAUUAUGGGCUAUUGUGUGUAGCUUGAUGAGGGGGAAAAAACAAUUUAAUACAUUUUAGAAUAAGGUUGUAACGUAAUAAAAUGUGGAAACUGCGCUACGGCACUGGAAUAAGCUGUGAAGCGUAUUGUAUUUCAGGCUGAUAGAAUGGACAAUACAUGUGCAUGUGAAAAGAUGUGUCUUUAAGAAAAGCUUAGUUGAUAUCACGGUGAAAUUGUGCUGUAAAUAAAAUGCAAUUGUUUUGAAAAUAGAUUUUUCUUUAAUUGUUACUUUUUAACUAGUACUUUUAUUUUACUCAUUUAGCAAACGCUCUUAUCCAGAGCGACUUACAGGAGCAAUUAGGGUUAAGUGCCUUGCUCAAGGGCACAUCGACAGAUUUUUCACCUAGUUGGCUCGGGGAUUAGAACCAGCGACCUUUCGGUUACUGGCACAACGCUCUUAACCACUAAACUACCUACCGCCCCCAAUCAUGUCAAUCUAUAAUUAAUCAGCAUGGGAUUACAAUGUGAUAACAGUUAUUUCUCUUUUUAAUGCUAGUUUUAAAUUAUCUUCUACUGGAUGCUUUAUUAGGUCUGUAAAUUGUUUUGUUGUGUGAUAUAAUGAGCAAACAAAGGUAAUCUCAUCUAAUGAGAGACUUUGAAAUUAAUAAAAGUGCUGUAAUAUGUAUUUAUAAUUUUUGUGGGGGAAAUUUGAAUACACUUUCAAAGUUGUCACAUGUAUAGAGGAAAGUAAUGAGAAGGCACACCACAGCCCACUAAGCACGGACCGACGCAGACGUUUUUUGGACGUCUUUUUUUGGUCCUGUCCGGGCAGGCCAUCUUUUUUUGGUGCGGUCCGGAUCGGACUUGAUUUCAACAUCCACGGACGUAGAUUUUUGGUCCGGUCCGGACCGAACUAGAUUUGGCCCAAACAUAGACAUCUAUGAUUGGUUCAGAUUAGGUCCAGUACUAAACCAAUCAUGCUCUACUGUACUGAACUGUGCCGUACUGUACUGUGCUGUUCAAAUUUGUGAAACAUAGUCUAGACGUAUAUGAUUCGUUCAGAUUUCGACCAGCCUUGAUUCGUUCAGAUUUGUACUUGUUUGGGGGUGAAGCUCAUUAGAAUAAUACCCAGCAUGCUCUGCAAGUGUUUGUUUUUUUACAUUUACAUUUUGGUCAUUCAGCAGACGCUCUUAUCCAGAGCGACUUACAGUCAGUGCAUUCAACUAAGGUAGAUAAACAACAACAUAUUACAGUCAAAGCAAAAAAAUUAAACAUCUGUAACCAUUACUGAAAAUGUUAUUGUAGUUGAAGUGGUCUGUUGGUUUCUUCUGGAUUACUCAGAAAAUCAUUGUUGCAAGUUUUAAAACUUUUGAGAAAGCUAACAUAAGUGCAUGUAACAGAUGGGAACAAUAAUAAAUAUUAUAUGUUGCAAUCUUCAGUUGGCUCCUCUUUCCUUUAGCUCCUCUUUCCUAUAUUAAAUGGAUAAAACAUAUUAUUGUGAUAUAAUGCUUACUUCAUUGAGGAUGUAUGUGUAGUAGAAAUGUAAACACAGAAUCAAUGACAAAAAGGUUUUAUAUUUUCAAUGUCUGUUAAUGAUGUCUUUUCAACUUUCAUUCAGAGCCUAAAAUUAACCUAAUUUCAACGUCUGGAAAAUACGCCAUUUUGCUUACUGGGAGGGUAUGAAGGCUAAUGAGUUGAGUAUAGUAGUCUGUCCGUAGUCCAUUCCUGUCUUGUCAACUCCAUCUCUCAGUAUGACUGUGCUAAAGAAUUGUGUAUAUGGCUGAAUGGCCUGAUGAUGAUUGCCUUUGAUCUACUGUAUACAUCCAAAUGUGCCUUCUAUAGCAACUACAGUAUGCCUGAUGAUGAGAGAAACUUAACACUAGAAUAAUUAAAAUUGAAUUUUAGGCCUCACAUGGGGGCCAGUCUGUCUCAGCUUUAGCCAAUUUACAAUCUAGACUAAUAACAGACGUAUAAGAGUGUAAGACUCAGAUCUCCUCUUCCCCCAGGGACUCAGCAUCAUCCACCUGUCACGUUUCCUCCUCUCCAAAACCACACAAUACAGAAUCAGAGAUGAUCACAAUGACUUUCAAACGAGUUGCCUUUCUUCUUGGAGAACAGAGAUCUCUCGCUUCUCUCACAAAGGAGAGGAAGAGGAAGAGAAAACAUCUCUCCCCAUACCUCUUUUACAUCCCGAUCAAACAAUCGUUCACUAGACUCUGUGGGUGUCCCAGACAACCCGCCUCCAGAACCCUCACAUGUGAUUCAGAAUAAAGCAUUUUAUUGUUGCUUGUAGGAAAGGAGGAGUGUGUUAUUUUGCGAUUAAAGACCAAUUUGUCAUCCACUGUGCUAUUUGACCUGAAGGUCAAGGCCAGCUAUUGAUCACUGAUAUGUUGAUAAUUUGACAUUUGCAUCAGCCAACCCACCAUUUAUGUCAUCUCCGGUAAAGUGCUAGACAUUACUUUUAAAAUAAGAAAACAAAGUAGCAAUGCUUCCCUAUUCUAUCAAGAGAGACCACCAAAUCCCAUGUAUGAAACUGCAAACGGCAAGAGGAACUUCUCACAUCCUCCUCUUCUUCUCUUCUAUCCUCACCUAAAUGUUUAGAUCCAAACCGCCGGCUAAAUGACAUGGAAAGGAAACACAGAGAAGUGUAGAAGUUACCCCUACUAGGCACAGAUCUAGGAUCAGCUCAACUUCCCCCAAUCCGAACCUUAGUCAUGAGAGGGGAAAAUGAAAAACUGACUAUAGAUCAGCAGUUAAGGGCAACGUCUACCUGCUCCAGAUAGACCACAGAGAGAACACCUCUCAAUGAGGUAGUGGUGUUCACUCUCACACAGGUUCUGCUGAAGUGAAACCGUUGGGGGAGUCAGGAAUAAGGGACUCCGGUAAAUGAGGCACUCACUCUGAUGGGAAAAUGUGUCCUGUGACUGAAGAAAGGUUGAUGUGGCCGUUAGUGAUUGGUCUGUAAAGGUUACGCUUUUACAAAUCAGGUAGUAUGGUGUUAAUCUCAUGAUGAACCAGGAUCAAUCACCAUAACAAAGCUGAAUUCGAUUUCAAAGCCAGAUACAUUUUGGUGAAUGUAUUGAACCACAACAGCUAGAGCUGCAAGCAGUUACUACAGAGUACCAUGUUGUGUCUCUCUACCUAAUGUGUUAUGGUUAGGAUGUUAUCUGAAGUGGUUGAUACAACCUCUUCUCUUUUCAAACACAGACUCUUCCUCUUGCUUAUUCAAUGUAAAUAGUACAGUUCCUUUCUUCUCCGCUGGCCAGGUCUGUCUGUUCUCAUGGGGAUGUUUGUGUCCUUGCACCUCGGUUUUAACCGUCAUCAGAGCCCCAAACUGGGUUGUAGUCCUGCAGGCUAUAAACUAGGUCUUUGUAGUCCUUAUAUUGUUUGUUAUGUAUGAGUGUGUCCUUUUGGUCUACACCUUAGAAGUAUUGACUCAUAUCCUGAGUGUGUGUCAGUGUGCAGCCCGGAAUUAUGUAUUUAUAAUCUGUGCGGCAGGUAGCCUAGAGAUUAAGAGCGUUGGGCCAGUAAGCAAAUGUUCACUGGUUUGAAUCCCAGAGCCGACUAAGUGAACGAUCAGUCAAUGUGCCCUUGAGCAAUACACUUAACCCUAACUGCUCAUGUAUGUCGCUCUGGAUAAGAGUGUCUACUAAAAUGUAACAAUAAUGUAUUAAUCUGUAAUCACCAUGAUUGGCUCAGUUGAACUUUGCAGUUUUACAUUUAGCAGAUGCUCUUAUUACAGUAGUGAAUGCAUACAUUUAAAUACUUUUUACAGUACAGUGUACACACAAAUCAGGCUAAAUCUAUCUUAGAAUAAAGAGGAACUGGUUUACGGGAUGAAAGACAAUUUUGGUACUGAAAAAUACUACUUCUGGAUUCUUUAUCUCCACCUCACAGUCACUGAGAUAAAACCUUUUUAGACUUAGAGGGUAAAUACUCAUAACCUGGUAGAAUAUCAAACUGCAAGGAUAAAUCGUAUCACGUCUACCUGAAUCAAUGCAUAAUGUGUAGAGACGAUGCUGUAGGGCCUUUAUGUAAAUGUUGUAAGACUAAGUGGGGAGUGUAGCCUCUCUUCCUCUAUUCAUUCACUAUUGCCAGGAACACACAGCUGGAACUCAAAGCUCUCCUUUUAAAGUUUCACAGAGGCCAUAAUGUCUGUCUCGGGAUGAGAGACAGAGUUCUGUCUGCAGCCCCAGUGUUGCUAAAACGGUUAACUUCCUGUGUGUUCUCUUUGGCACGGUUCUCAGGUAAGGACUUCCUGUUUUGGUGGUCAGUGUACUAAAGGGUGCAGAAAUUCUUCCCGCUUUUGUUUAAUAACAGAGACCCACCCAGGACAUGGCCUAUCACCUCCCUAGACCUUGGGCCAAGAAGUUCACAUAAUCACGGUCAAGGAGCGUCCCCUAGUAAACAAAUAGAUUACACUAUGUUUUGAAUAUAAAAACAUUGGCUCAAGGUGAAGGACUAUGAUCUGACACAAAUACAUUAGAAGCUACUUUUGUAGCCAUAUGGUCUUUGGUUAGAAAGGCCUGGCCUAUGCAUUACCUUUGUAUUGGUAAAUUAUAGUAUUUAAAUGAUUCAGAGAAGAUUAGGCCAUUAAAGGGGGGCGUUAUCUCUUAAAUUUGAGGUAGCUUAUAUUUGAGUGGUGGAGUCAGGGUGGGAUGCAUUUUUUUUGUUAUUAGUUACAGUAACUCUUAUUGUGUCAAUUGUAAUACAGUUAGGGCAGUAUAUCCUACACUGGCUGUAUGAGCAGCACAGUGAUUAGUCAAAAUAAUGAUACACUAUACACAGCAGAAUGCACUUCAGAAUUUGUAGCCUACAGUGGCCUGAUAAAAAAUCAGGAAGAGGAUGUGUUUGUCUCCCUCUUCUGUUUGCUCUGGGUUAGUGGAGAGGUGGAAGGUGCACUGAAAUAAGUUGGUAUUGAUACUUAUACAAGUACUUUUUGGGUCCUUUUUUGCAGAGGAAUCAAAAUAGUUUUGCUAGGGCAGCUGAGAUCUGCGAGUCUGUUGUUUCUUCUGCUCAUCCGCAGCCACAGUAUCUGAACAGUUGACAGAGAGCAGGGUAUGACAUCAGGGUCGUAUUCAUUAGGCACAACGUAAUAAAAAUAACUGUUUUUAAAUAAUAAUUUCUUAUUGGUGCCUAAUAAAUAAGACUCUGAUAAUUUCAUCAUAAUCUCCCAUCCUAACAUUACAAUGGUGUUUAUGUUUUUAAACCAAAGUUUACAGUGUUUCCCAUUCCGUUUGAUUCAGUAGGGUUAUAUCAAAUAUGGUUUAGAAACUGUGGUUUUAUCAUAGAGAAUGAUUGAGGCCUGUAGUGGCCAAAAGGCCGUUUUAGCAUAGGCAGCGCCAUUCAGGGCUUGCCUGAGUCAUUUUAAAAUAGUCAAAGUAGUCAACUUGGUGGGAUUCCUAUGGGUUGUAGCCUCAAUGGCGCUGCCCAUGAGGUCACAGACACUAUAAUGGCACAGAUAUAAAGAUUAGUUCUCUAUCUAUCUCUAUGGGUUUUAUGGAUCAGCGUUGCCCUUUACUGGAAGAACUGGAAGAGCCAUAAAUUAAACUGGAGCGGAGCCAUCAUCAGUCUGAAGGACUCUGCAGUCAUUGAUGGAUUUGAUCAUAUUACCAAUGAAUUUGCCACUGGGACAAUUGACAUUGGAUGUUCACCAUAAAAGGCGCUUGAGGCCGUACCAAUAGAUAGAAAGGGGUUCAUUCUAAUGUUAUGUUUGAUAUUUUUUAUUAAACAUACAUGAUUAUAGUAUUUAGAAAAAAUAACAUCGUUUCUAUUUCAGUAUUACAUAUGCUGUUUUUCAUGGUGUUACGGUUCGCAUUAAACAUGUAUUUGAGUAAGGCUCUCUCUCAAUCAACAUUGUUGCUCCCCUCUGUCAUUUAUUGGUAUCUUCCCAAGAUGGCAGCCUACGCGUUGCGACGUUGUUUAGGAGCUGUCAAAGUUAUCCAUAAAUGUGGAAGUCACAGAUUUAUAGGUACAUGUUUUUAUACUAAAAAAUAAGUAUUUAAGUCAGUAACGUUUUCUAUCAUUGAUUGAUUCACUGUUUGUCCGAACUAUUUGUGUUUUGCCAGGCGAGUAGCUAGCAGGCUAGCCAGGUGGCUACCUAGCUAGCUACCUAUAUGAACCCAUUCUGACGUAGCCUAACUCUUAACUAGCUAAAUAAGAUGCAUCUUAUCCCGUUUGUUCAAAAUUUAACUUAGUAUUUGCUUGUACUGUAAUCGCAAUAAAUUGCAUUGUGCAUGUUACCUUCAGAGUCCAUUGUCUACUCUAUGUAACUUGUGGUUAUUCUUGUUUAUGUCCUACAGCCAAAAGAUGUCUACUUUCCUCAGCAUACACAGACUCCAAAUUAUGGGACGCAAGAGAGAAAGAUCAUCAAAAUCUGGGUAAGAUAGCUACCCAAAGACACUGAUUGCUAACAAUUCUCUUUGUCCCUACCCAUCACAACAAAUGAAAGGUGGGCCUCAACCACAUCUGUCACACAUUAGCUGUCAAGUGGACGUGACAUCAGUUACAUUUUAGUUUUGGGAGACCCAGUGAUCUACGAGUGAAUAUAUUCGUUAUUCUGUGUUUAAGUAGCUACCUGAAGAUGUAACUGCCAAGUCAAUGACAAUGUCUGUGAGUGUCUGCACCAAAUGAACACAGGGGGGCAGUGUUAGCUACACAUUGACAUACUGUACUGUGUCAUUAGUACUGUAAAAACAUUUAAAUGUCAGAAAGUUUCAGCAAGUCUAGCUCUUGUGAAAGUAAAGCUGAAUAUGAACAUGUCAUCCUACAGCGUUGUUGGCCGCCUUGAUGGAUAGGACGUAUGACCGAAACUUCCCCGUCAGCUCCCUGUCAAUAUCACGGGUAAGCGCAUGUUAGAGGACCGAGAGAUUUCACCCUUGGAGCUUGUAUGUCUGUCAACCUGUUUCUGCUGUAGCUAACUAUUUCAUUGUCAUAUCUGGUACACCAAUGACAUGUUGGCUAAGAUGGAAAUAACAUGAUUAGCAUGAUUUAUGUUCUGAUCAAACUGUAGGCAACGGGAUGAAAUAAUAACCAUAUCUGUGUAUUUUCUUUUUCAGUUUGUUGACAACAUAUCGUCAAGAGAAGAGGUUGAUCAAGCAGAGUACUAUCUUUAUAAGUAAGCCUAAUUUGCAUGCUCUGUUAUGUUCUUUCUGUGUUAGGGUGUUCACUUCCUGGCCUCAGUCGCAGGCUAAACCUCUGUUCUGACCUCUAUUUUCUUCCAAAGUUUUUUAUGGUGUGUUUAUGUUCAGUCACAUGCAUGUUUCUUUGUUCAGUGUUUCUGUGCUGUCUAAGAGCUUCCCUGUUCUCCCCUCCUCAGGAAUCUGUUUCUUAUGUGAUUACAAGAUUAACAAGAAUAUUGCAUUGCAAGCCUAUGGGUUAAGCGGUUACGCUUGACUUGACCCAUGCUGCAUAAAGGCGUCAUAAUAAUGACAUAACAGAAGUCGUAAACAUUCAUGUCUUGUUUGUUGUUGUGUUUUAUGUCUGAACAUCUCUCUCCUGUAGAUUUCGCCACAGCCCAAACUGUUGGUACCUCAGAGACUGGACUGUCCAUAGCUGGGUCAGACAGUGUCUCAAAUAUGGGGCCAGAGACAAGGCCCUGCACACCCUCAAGAACAAGGUAGGCCUACAUUAUGCUAAGCAGAGCCAUAGUCCCACUCGGUAUUAGAUAGAAUGUGAAUGGUGAAAACAACCUAUGGUUACCCCAUUGGCUCACAGAAAAAACUUGACAUUUAAGAAAAGUACAUGUUAAAAAACGUUUCAACAUUGCCUGCUCCUGUGCGUUCUCACUACUAAAAAAUAUUGUAGGGCUUCCCUUAUGCCCCAUUUCAUGACGGUGCUAGCAGCCACGUGAGUGAGUGCUAUCUAGCUAACGACCGGAACAUUAAGCUACCCAAGACCAACAACACAAACAGAUUAUACAGCUACAAGUAGUGACUGAAGUUACAAACAGACUAUACUAAACAAGUUAAAUGUCUUACCUGUGAUUAAAUGUUUUCCACACACAGAAAUUGAGGUUGACUAUAAUAUUGUUCUUUUGGAAAGUUUUUAACCAUUCUCUGUUUCUGUAUUUAGGUGCAAUAUGGAAUGUUCCCAGAUGAUUUCACGUUCAACCUUCUGAUAGAUUCCUUCAUAAAAGAUGAAGACUUCAAAGGUAAAGAGUCUCUGACUUCUGAAACUGUAAUAUCUGUAAAACUGUAAAGUUAUCCAAGACCCCCUUUGGAAAACCUCAGUUAAACUAAACCAAUGUACACACAGAUGACAAGUAGCUUCAAACCUCACUAGGCUGUUCCUCUUCUGCAGGUGCCUGUUCUGUCGUGGAAGAGGUGAUGCUUCAGGAGUCUUUUGAUCUGCCCACGACACAGAUCCUGUCCGUGUAUGCACUUAGCAAUUACCUAGCAACCAAACCAGAGCUCAGCGUAAGUAAAGUAGCAUUCACUGCUCUGUAAUUUAUGUGUACCAACUUGUCUGGAGAAGUUAUCGUGCCAAAGAACAUGGAGUGUCUGGAUUGUGUAGAAAUGAAUGAUUGUUGGAAACGUAAGGAGGGCAUAGGCAUAUGUGUGUAGAGAAGGUCAGUCUGGUCCCAGCACAACAUCAUUCACAUAGAAAAAUAUGGAUAUUUACAUUGACAUUUUUUACAUUUUAGUCAUUUAGCAGACGCUCUCAUCCAGAGCGACUUGCAUUAGUGCAUUCAUCUUAAGAUAGCUAGGUGAGACAACAACUUAUCACAAUCGCAGCAAGUAGAUUUUCCCUCAACAAAGUAUUUAUCACCUGUCAGUGCUAGUAGGAAAAGAUGAGUGCAACAUUUCGCAGUUUACAUUUAGCAGCCACAGUUGUAUUUCUGUGGAAGUCAUUCAUUAUGCUAUUUGCAAAUGUUGUCUGAAGCAUAAGUGUGUGUUUGUGUUGGUUGACUGUGCAGGUGUCAGAAGAGAGGGCUCUGGGAGCAUCACUGAUGAUAUCUGGUCUGAAGCAGGACAACUCUAUAGGCCUCAGCGCUCAACUGCUGGGCUGUGCUUUACUAGGUAUGUAUUCCUCCAGUCAGACCAUACUCCUGGUACUAAAACAAGCCAUAGCCCUUCCUAACCAUUUGUUGAUAGCAGAGGGAUGAUUUCUCAGGAAUCCCUGCUUUAUCCUCUUGUCAAACAUUUAAAUCAACAUCUCCAAACCACAGGAUCUUUGCUCUGGUUGUCAUGUUGUGCUGAUCACAUCUGAUAGUUUCCUCUUCCUGCUCCUCUCUCUCUCUGUCUGUCUCUAGGUAAGGUGGAAAUGGCGGCAGGGAUCCAUGCUGUGUUCAGGGGCAUGCCUCUGAUGUGGACCCCAGGGUAUCUGGGCCGGGCCCUGGCCGUCAUGGAGAGAGUAGCUGCCGCUCCUGGAGAUGGCAAACUAGCAAAGGAUGCUGUAUGUACUUACCAAUACCUGUCUCAGUACUGUACUUUCUACAAUUGCUAAAUCAGUGUCUAACACUAACAAGAUAAUUAGUAACACAUUAUACAAGUAUAAGAGUAACUCAUUAUAAAAGCGUUACCAUGAAUAAGAAGCCUGUACAGUUUAGCUGAUUGUUUACAAUCUCAGUUUACUCAUCAAAUGCCACAAAUAACACAAUGAGCAUAUGACACCAACCUGGUGGCAGUAGAUAGCUGUUACUUUCCAGGUACAGUGUAUGACACAGUCUGAGGGUUUAUCUCCAGGGCUUAGUGUUGAGACUGUCAUAUCUGUGUUAUUUAUACCCAGACGCACGUCAACACAAACCAGGUUUGCCAGAAAGCAGGACAGUGUCAGAACUGAUGACUCUGUGUAGGUCAGGACAGACAGGAAAUAUUAAUUGUGUGUGUGUCAUUGUCUGCGUGUGUUUGUUUGUUUUUGUGUCCGUCUUUUGUCCUGAUGGACCCCUAUGAGGGAAUGCUCAUUGCUCCAGAGUUAUUGUGUCUGUCUGUCAGUGCACGUCCGCCUGUCCCAGUUGCGUCUGUGUGUUUCCUUACACCUGUGCUGUGUGUGUGUUUCUCCUAGGUGGAUUACCUGGAGGGUCUGUUGCAGGACCUGUCCUCUGCCUCAGACUCCUCCUCUGGAGAGGAGGAGUCAGGAGGAGAGGAGGAGGGGAAGAAAGAGGAGGAGGUGGAUGAGGACGACCAGGCAGAGAGAGAUAAACUACCCUUCUAUGCCAGCAGGUUUAAGGUACUGGACAAAGGGAAGAUCAAUCAAACAAGGAAAGAGCCUGUGUAUAGACUGCAUGUAUGUUGUGUUAUGGUUACAGAUUUCUUGUUUUGAUCAGUUGAAUAAAUUGCUAUUAAGCACUCAUAAUCUACAACAACAGUUACACUUAGGGCUCGAUUCAAUUAGAGUUGCGCUAGCCGACAACCGCAUAGCAUGUGUUUUGACGGUGUCAGAGGUGGAACCGCAUUAGAACUAUUCAAUCCACAAGCGGCUUCCGGCAUAACUAUCACGGACAUUGCCAUUGGCUGCACCGAGUCGCAUUAGUAGGAAUCCUAUGCAGCCGUGCUUACCAGCUUGAACACUGGAAUGUGUGAUGUAAUCUAGGCCUACUCCUUGAUUAGGCUGAUAGAAAUCCUCAUUGUGACGAUCACAAGAGCAGCUGCUCACCGGUUUGAUAGCUCCAACGCAGUUACACCUCCGAAUCCGGCAAAACAUCAGCUAUGCGGGUGUCUGCUAUCGCCGGUUAACGCUUGAUCUGAUUGAAUCUAGGCCUUAAUCCCUCCUUUUCCAUACACCCCAUCUCUAACCACCACCUCUCCUCUGGCCCUGCGUAGGAUCUGAGCGGGCAGCUCCAGUCCGGGGGUAAGGUGGACCCUAGUCCCCUGCAGGUGCUGGUCUCCAGCCUGGUCCAGCAGAGCCUGGCCUCAGCAGAGGGCCCUGACAUGGAGCAGUACCAGAGGAAGGUGGGGGAGUGGGAGGCAGAGAGGCAGCAGCUCAUCAGAAGGGAGAAAGAGAUGAGGGAGAGGGCUGAGGAGGAGAGACUGGCCCAUCAGGCAGCCAAAGCAGCUGCAAAACAGGGCUGA